AUGUCCCUCACAGCACCACCAGUACCUGAGGUCUUUCCGAUCUACUCUGACCUCAAGGGCAAAGUCGCUCUCAUCACAGGUAUCGGACAAGUGGGACCCCGAGAUAGCCCUUUUUGGGGUAACGGUGCCGCCAUCGCACGCCUACUCUUUCGCAACGGCGUGAGCAUCUUCGGUUGCGAUUUGAACAAAGACGCCGCGGAAAGGACUAAGGAACGCAUUCUCGAAGAAACUGGAGAUGCGGUCGUCGAUGUUGUCGCAGCUGAUGUUACGAUAUCAUCGGAUGUUGAAGCAUUAGUUGCAGCCGUAAUGGCACGACACAACAGAAUCGAUAUCCUCAUCAACAACGUUGGCCAGACGACCUCUGGUAACCCGGCCACCAUGUCAGAAACCAUAUGGACACGCCAGAUCGACGUUAAUUUGACAUCCGUAUACCGGCUGUGUCACCAUGUCCUUCCUAUCAUGCAGAAACAAGGCUCAGGCAAUAUUGUUAAUAAUGCUAGUAUCACUGCGCUGCGCUACAUUGGAAAGCAUCAAAUCGCGUACGCAUCUGCAAAAGCCGGUGUUGUAAGGUUCACGAAGGCUUUGGGUGUCAUGUAUGGCAAGGACAACAUCAGGUGUAAUUGCGUAGUCCCAGGCCUUAUGUACACUCCUUUGGUUGACAAUUUCGCUAAAAGCAAAGACGACGGAGAUCAGGAAGCUGCUAGAAGGAUACUAGAUCAUAACUGUCCAAUGGGAUGGAUGGGGACGGGGAUGGAUGUUGCGAAUGCGGUCGCAUGGCUGAAUAGUGCUGCAAGCCGUUAUGUGACCUCGCACGAGCUUGUUGUAGAUGGAGGUAUCACGGAAAGUACUGGCACUGGAUUUGUAUCUCAGCUAUAG